GGUGAUUCCUACGACAAGCGGUUGCCGGUGACGUCAUCGCAUGCAGCACGUUCGUCCUUCCCGGCGCCGCUAUCAACCAUACCGUCAAUGUACGCGCCACCACCAGCACCGCACGCCGCGGUCCACCCAUGGCAGAGCGGCGGCGCCACGGCCUCCGACGAGCCUCCCCCGCACGCGGCGCUGACAUGCGGCACGGUGUCUUAUGCGGACCUGGCGGCGGCGACUGACGGGUUCUCGGACACCAAGCUGCUGGGACAAGGCGGGUUUGGGCACGUGUACCGCGGCACACUGGGCGCCGGCGCGGCGGCGCGGGAGGUGGCAAUCAAGCGGCUUCGGGUCGAUAGCGGGCAGGGCGACCGCGAGUUCCGCGCCGAGGUGGAGAGCAUCGGCCGCGUACACCAUCGCAACCUUGUCUCGCUGGUGGGAUACUGCAUCCAUGGCGACCAGCGAUUGCUAGUAUACGAGCACGUCUCCAACCACACGCUCGAAUCCCACCUGCACCACGGCGGCGACGAGCCGACAUUGCUGGACUGGGAGCGCAGGUGGCGCAUUGCGCUCGGGGCAGCCAAGGGUUUGGCCUACCUGCACGAGGAUUGCCAUCCUAAGAUCAUCCACCGCGAUAUCAAGGCGGCCAACAUUCUUCUGGAUGACAACUUUGAGCCCAAGGUUGCCGACUUUGGGCUGGCCAAGAUCCAGCACGGAGACGACACCCAUGUCUCUACGCGCGUCAUGGGGACGUUCGGGUACAUGGCACCGGAGUACACCAACACGGGGAAAAUAACUGACCGGUCCGACGUCUUCUCUUUCGGCGUCGUGCUUCUGGAGAUCAUCACCGGGAAGCGGCCGGUCCUGUCCGACGAGGACGACGAGACUUUGGUCUCCUGGGCACGGCCUCUGCUGACAAAAGCUUUGGAGGGGCAACUCUCCGACGAGCUCAUCGACGCAAGGCUGGAAGCCAACUACGACGCCCACGGCAUGCGGCGGCUCAUCGCCUGCGCCGCCGCCGCCGCGCGCCACACGGCCCGCUCCCGCCCUCGAAUGAGCCAGAUCGUCCGGUACCUGGAGGGCGAGCUGCCGCUGGAGGCCCUGAACGGCGGCGUGGAGCCGGGGCAGAGCGAGGCGCACGACGGUACCACCACGGAGCAGCUGAUGCGGAUGAGGAGGAUGGCGUUCCUGCGGCGGGGCGCCGACAGCGACAACACGGGCGCCACCGGCUUCGUCAGCGAGGCCACGAGCGAGUACGGGCUGCGCGCGUCCAGCUCGAGCAGCGGCGGCGACGCCGCGCAGAGCACCAGCCGCGCGCCCGGGCAGGACCCCGGGGACGCCGCCGGGAACAAUGUGGGCGGGGCUGGCCGGCACUCAGGCGAGCUCGGCGCCAUGAGCCGGCGCACGCGCCCGGGCCGCGGCGGCCUGGAGUGA